UCUCGGCAACUUCACGACAGUCCACAGUGGCAGUCACCGCGAGUUAUCAGAUACGUAGAUUGUAUGUAGUGGACUCAUUUUUUCUAGUUCAAUCUUGCUGUUGAUUUCUCAACAAGUCCGCGUUUUUAGAUGUAAAUGCAAAACUCUUGAAGAUUUUACUCGCAGCCAUUGUGUCAAAUCUGAGACAAGAUGUCUACAUCAGCGAUAUACAUUUUGGAUGUGAAGGGCAAGGUGUUGAUUUCACGAAACUACCGUGGUGAUAUUGAGACUGGUGUUAUUGAGAAGUUUAUGCCACUUGUAAUGGAACGUGAAGAGGAAGGCAAUCUUACUCCUAUUAUCCAGACUCCAGAAUGCACAUACGCAUACAUAAAAUAUAAUAAUUUGUAUAUUGUGUCCACCACGAAAAAAAAUGCAAACAUAUCUCUUGUAUUUGUAUUUCUGCACAAGGUGGUGCAUGUCAUGCAGGAAUAUUUUAAAGAGUUGGAAGAAGAAAGUAUACGAGACAACUUUGUUGUUAUUUAUGAACUUCUGGAUGAAUUGCUAGAUUUUGGUUAUCCUCAAACUACUGACAGCAAAAUUCUACAGGAAUAUAUUACUCAAGAAGGUCAUAAACUAGAAAUUCAACCUAGAAUUCCAAUGGCUGUGACUAAUGCCGUCUCUUGGCGAUCUGAAGGCAUCAAGUAUCGUAAGAACGAAGUAUUCCUAGAUGUAAUAGAGUCGGUGAACCUUCUGGCAAAUGCCAACGGAAAUGUUUUGAGCUCGGAAAUUGUUGGUGCCAUAAAAAUGAGAGUUUAUCUAUCUGGAAUGCCAGAACUGAGAUUAGGUCUCAAUGACAAAGUUCUCUUUGAAUCAACCGGACGUGGCAAAUCAAAGUCCGUUGAGCUGGAGGAUGUCAAGUUUCAUCAAUGUGUGAGACUCUCGCGUUUCGAGAACGAUCGAACAAUCUCAUUCAUACCACCAGACGGCGAAUUCGAGCUCAUGUCAUACAGGCUGAACACACAUGUGAAGCCUCUUAUAUGGAUCGAGUCUGUGAUUGAACGACAUGCUCAUAGCAGAGUUGAAUAUAUGAUCAAAGCAAGAUCGCAGUUUAAACGUCGUUCUACGGCGAACAAUGUGGAAAUUGUGAUUCCGGUACCAAACGACGCAGACUCGCCCAAAUUUAAGACUACAAUCGGCAGCGUCAAGUAUUCGCCCGAGCAGAGCGCCAUCACUUGGAUCAUCAAGUCAUUUCCUGGCGGCAAGGAGUAUCUUAUGAGAGCGCACUUUGGUCUACCGUCAGUUGUCGGCGAAGAUGUCGAAGGCAAACCGCCUAUACAAGUGAAAUUUGAAAUACCAUAUUUUACUACGUCCGGAAUUCAAGUACGGUACUUAAAGAUUAUCGAGAAGAGCGGUUAUCAGGCACUGCCAUGGGUUCGUUACAUCACCCAGAAUGGCGACUACCAGUUACGAACAAAUUAGCUAUUUGAUAGCGAGACCGAUGACGAUCUUGGACGACUCUGUCAUGUCCGAAAGUAAGGAUUAGUCGAAGAAUACCUAUGCUUCUGAGAGAAAACGAUAAUCAUUUAUAUUUUUCGUUCGACUGUUAAACGACAAGUUAGUGAAAAAAUAUAGAUUCGCGGAAUACGGAGUGAAAACAAAGAUUUAAAAACAAUUCCUUUUUUUUAGAGAAUUCACAUCCUGCAUGUAGUUCCGCGGUUUUAAUAUCUCUUUAUAAUGAGCAACACACACACGCGCGCGCGCUCGCACACACACACACACACACACACACACACACACACACGCAAGAAAAGAUUUUUCGAAGAUAUUUUGCUUCAAUUAUAUUCGUAUCUUAAAAGUACUUACCCCGCAUGGGAUUCCACUCAAAAGAGUUAACUUUAUAUAUCUGAGUUUGUUUUUUUUUUUUUUUAACAAUGACUGUAGGAUAAAUAGUGUCUAAUAAAAAAAUAUUUUGUAACUUGAAUCAUGUAAAUAUAUCGAAAAACUUCAUUUUGUAACAUUUUUCUUUGACUAGAGAUGAAUUUAUGAGCAAACAACUGCUCGACAUUAUUUUAAGAUAAUAUAUAGUAUUAUUAUCGAUAAAAUUUAACAUAUUGUAUAUCUGAAUAUCCUAUUGUAUAUCUGA